GGCUGCGGAAUAAUAGUCACUGUAUGAUAAGAUCUUUCCUAUUUGUUAUUCUUAUCAGUUCCGAGAAAAAGUAGUCUCCCCCUGCGAGGGAGACUAGAGAAAAAGAGGAUCUUUUGUAAUUGACUGAAUUCCGAGAACAGAAAAUAAUUUAAUCCUUGAACUGCACCUUUAGCUACAAAAUCAUUUUAUUUAUCUCUUGUGUGAGAACAUUUUGGAGGAAAAACAAGAGCAAUUCAACAAAUUAACUGUCAUGGCUAAGAUUGUUGAGGACUUCGAGAGAGAAGCGAGAUUUGUCGAUUAUGUUGAAGCCGAAUUAAUCCGAGAGAAGCUCGAAACAUUGGUGAUCAGUAUUCUGACGAAAGUGGGGCAGCGAGACAAGCGGUUUGAAAGCACUCUUAUCCAGAGCGGAAGUGUUUACGAAGGAGCAAAAGUUCGUCAACCAGAUGAAUUCGACUUUAUGGUAAAACUUAACUCUCUCACGAACAGGCCAUCCUUUCAUCCGUGCGAUAAGGGCGAAGGUUACGUUAAGCUCACUCUGGAAGAAAACGAAUGGAGGGAAUUUCAAGACGAAGAAGGCUUCUUCAGCCCAAAUCUGGUCUGUCGCCAUUUUAGGAAACUCGUCAAUGAAUGUCUAAGCGAGACAGAAGUACCCAUGGAACUUCAGAUCCGUCGAGCUAGUCGAGAAUUGUUGGGUGGAUCGUGGGGACCAGUGUUUUCUGACAUACUUGGUAGCCGUGGUUCCGAAGACAGUGCAUCAGGAGUGAUGUACUCUGAAACUCACGGCCCAGCCACAACACUUUACAUUGAUUGGCAAGUCGGCGAGAGAUACAAGGAUCUCAUUGUUAGUGCAGAUUUGACUCUUGCCGUAGACUACUCUUUAUCCAGGCUCGCUGUUACAAUGGGGAGCCUUCCGCAGGAAGCAGAAGCGAUCGUUUAUGAGUGCGGAUUUGACGUGGUGCCUGUUGCCUUUGAUAUGUUGCGUAUUUCGUUUUCCACGGCCGAGCGAAGAAUGCUCACCUCUGCUCCAGAUGGCUUUAAAACAUGUUACCGAGUUCUGAAAACUCUCCGUGAUGAUAUAUCAAAGAAACUGGUGCUAGAAUCAUCCCUGGUGCCGUCGUAUAUUUUUAAAACAGUCCUCUUGUCGGAGUUGUUUUGUACGCCGACCCAUUUCUGGGAAAAGGACGUUUUGUCACAAAUAAUCAUUGGCGUCUUAGAAAUUGUUUUGCAAGGGGUGAAACGGGAAGAAAUACAGAACUUUCUUAUACCAAAAUGCAAUCUGCUUACAGAGGGCAGUCAUGAAAAUAGGCUACGUCAUUGCAUUGUGAGCGAGAUGCUGAAUCGAAUGAAAGGCCUAGAAAUGAACUGCACUUUCAAAGAAGUCCAGGAAACAAAAAGGUGCGUCCGGCUUUUAGAAAUGAUUGAUAUAUUAGAGAACAUAUUCUGUACUACACUGGCUGGGAAAAAUCAGGGCGCUCUCUGGAAUAAGAUGUUUGUUAACAUUGGAAACGUGCCUGGGUCCCGCAGAUUUGGCUGGUUUUGGAAUCAGUUUACCGAUCUCAACACUACAGAGCUCGAUGAAGAUGCCUAUGCGUAUCUGAUCCAAAUAUGGUCCUUCGUGGAAGCUGGCUUAAAGGAGUUACUGAGAACUCUCUCAGGAGAACUAAACUUGUUAGUGCGGAAGUUCUACAUCAGGACCUGCGAAAAGAAAAGAAAAUUCGAGAUUGAGCAUGCUCACCGUGGCUUGUCCGCUGAACAUAACUCACAGAAGAUUUCUCUCCACCAACUUACCCAAGAGAUGUUUGAGGAUGUGGCUGAAAGCUACCUGGAUGAGGAUAAUUCAUCUUGGGCAAACCUGCAUAAAGCAAUCGCUCCCGACAGCAAGAAUGCAGUGGAGGCUUUUCGUAACGUCAGAGAUAAAACAGAGAAAGAAGGGAGCGAGAAAGGUUUUGAUCUCUUUAAACAAACCAUGAAGCAGUUUAUUGGCACGAUCCCCAAGAAUGUCUUGAUGACCCUCAUUGUUGACUACGUUGGAAAAAUUGUUUUGCAUGAGAAAGAUACACUGACACUUAAACUUGAUUACAUCAAGAUCCCAGAGUUAGAUUUAGACUUAAAUUUUAUUAACUUUCGGAAGAUUGGUCUAACCAUGGUGCAGUCAGGGAUCUUGCUUUAAAAUCUAAUUUUAAAAUCUGAAUUUGUCACUUUUUGAAACUGCGUUGUUAGUUGGUACGAACAAGUCAACGGUUUAGUCAGACAAAUUGGGAAACGUUGUAGCAAAGAACACGGUUAAAAUUUUGUAUAAUUUGUUAAAAAUGGUACCCUUCUGUCACUACAAGGAAUAAAGAAAAUGUUCUUCUAGACAUGGAUUGUCAUUCUUGAGGUGGUUCUUCUAUGGCUGUAGGAUAUAUGAAUGUACGUUUAAGUCGUCCGGGCUAUGCCAAAAUUCCUCUGCAUUUUUUGCUCAUCGUCACCAAGCGCUGGCUUUGACUUCUGACGGAGAUACCCAAUGCACACUUUCCUAGGGUAAGCGCGCAGUUCCAGGGACAAUCGCAAAAUCUGGGUAGACUGUGCGCACUUACUCUAGCAGCGCUUUCUUCACAUGCUCGUAUUGUACACUAAAACGCUGACGACGAAAGGAAUGAAGCGCAAUACAGUAGAGGUGUGGCAGAGGUGGUUAGGGCAGGGUGGGUUGGUGCAUCAGUGCCCGGAUUCUGAGCAUAAUUAGUUGUCGUCCAGGCUCCAGUUGUUCAAAGAGCGGAUAACGCUAUCCAUCGGA